AUGAUGGUUCGUGGACAUGAAGUGGAUAACAGAUGGGUUGUUCCAUACAACCCUUACCUUCUUGCAAAAUUCAACUGCCAUAUAAAUGUUGAAAUCUGCUCUACAGUGAAAGCAGUGAAGUACAUAUAUAAGUAUAUCUACAAAGGUCAUGACAAGAUCCAUUUUCGAGUGAAUUCAGACAGCUCUAAUGACUCAAAUUCUGAUGCUAAUUUAUCUACAGUUGAUGAAAUCAAAGACUACCAGUCAGCUAGGUGGGUAUGUGCAGUCGAAGGUAUAUGGAGGAUAUACAGAUUCUUGCUAUCUGAAAUGCAUCCUUCUAUUAUUCACCUACAACUUCACCUAGAAAAUUGUCAGCCAUUGAACUUCAGAGGAGAUCAAGACUUACGCGAUGUAGUAAGAAACAGAUUUGCUAAGAGAACUAUGUUAACAGAAUUCUUUUACAUGAAUUCUAAUGAUCCUCUAGCUCAGAACCUCAAAUGUACUUAUAAAGAGUUCCCUGAACAUUUUGUCUGGUAUCCAGGAAGGAGAAAAUGGGAGCCAAGAAAACAAAAAGAUUCUAUAGGCAGGAUAGUGACAGCAAGUCCAAUGGAAGGAGAACGAUACUUUCUCAGACUAUUCCUCACACAUGUCAACAGUCCAACUUCAUUUGAUGAUUUGAGAACAAUAAAUGGAGCUUAUGUACACACUUUUCGUGAGGCAGUAAUCUUGAGAGGUUACUUUGAGUCCGAUAAGUCACAAGAACAAUGUCUUGAAGAAGCAAGUUUGUAUCACAUGCCAUAUAGUUUGAGAAGAUUAUUUGCGACUUUGCUCGUUCAUUUUCCUCCUUCAAAUCCAAGAUAUCUUUGGGAGCAAUUUGAGCAGCCAUUAUCUGAAGAUAUGAGCAACAUUCCAGAAAUAUCAGUUGAUCAGAUUCGUUUGCAGGUACUAUGUCAAAUAAAUGAGUUUCUCCAAUCAAUGGGAAACGACAUUAAUCAAUACGCUUUAGUUUCAAAUACCCUGUAUUUUGAUGCCUUGAACAAAAACACCCGUGAUACAAUAGCUGAAACAAGAAUCUCUGUACCAGAGCAUGACCUAUUAGCAAUUAAACAACUAAAUGCUGAUCAGAAAAAAGCUUUUGACAUUAUUAUGAAUGCAGUUUUUCUUCACAAGAAAGGGAUCUUCUUCAUUGAUGGACCAGGUGGAACAGGAAAAACAUUCCUCUAUCGAGCACUACUAGCAGAAACCAGAUCAAAAGGAUACAUAGCUCUUGCUACAGCAUCCUGUGGAGUUGCGGCUUCCAUUUUACCAGGUGGAAGAACAGCUCACUCAAGAUUCAAGAUACCAAUUGCUGGAACACCAGAUAAGCAAUGCAGAGUUAGUAAACAAAGCUCAUUAGCAAAACUCCUUCAAUCUGCAAUUCUUAUAAUUUGGGAUGAAGCUCCAAUGGCGCAUAAGGCCUCAAUUGAAAGUGUUGACAAACUUCUAAGAGAUAUAAUGGACUCAAACGAUUUGUUUGGAUCAAAGGUCAUUGUUCUUGGAGGCGAUUUCCGUCAAGUCUUGCCAGUGGUAACAAAGGGAUCAAAAUCUGAAUUUAUUGAUGCAAGCAUAGUCAAUUCGUACAUAUGGCCACAGCUACGUAGAUUACAUCUCACUGAAAACAUGAGAGCAAGACAUGAUCCAGAGUUUACUCAAUAUCUACUUCGCAUUGGAAAUGGAAUGGAGCCAGUUAUCUUCAAGAAUUCUAUCCAGAUACCUCCAUCAAUGCUGAUAAGAUAUACAAAUGAGGAACAAUCACUGACUGCACUCAUCAGGACAGUAUUUCCAGAUUUGAAAGCAUUUUCUGACCAAAAUCUCUCUGCAGUUAAUCGUGCUAUACUGACAACAAAAAAUGACUUUGUUGAUCAAAUUAAUGAGAGACUCAUUGUACAUUUAGAAGGACAACUCCAAGAAUAUAUCAGUCGAGACAAGUGUAUAGACAGCUCUGACCAGACAAUCAUGGAGGACUUGCUGAACAGUUUAACUCCAAAUGGUUUUCCACCUCAUAAGCUACUUCUUAAACCAUAUUGCCCUAUCAUGUUACUCAGAAACAUUGAUGCUCCUCAGGGAUUAUGCAACGGCACUAGACUGAUAUGCAAAUCCUUGAGCUCCAAUAUCAUACAUGCGGUCAUAACAUGUGGUGAAUUUGCUGGAAAAGAGGUCUUCAUCCACAGAAUAUCUUUCAGAGUAGAGAACAGUUCAGACUCACCAGUACCAUUUGAACGUAUUCAAUUUCCUAUCCGGCCCUGUUUUGCUAUGACAAUAAACAAAGCUCAGGGACAAACGCUUGAUUUUGUUGGCAUAUAUUUGCGUGAACCAGUUUUUUCACAUGGACAGCUAUAUGUAGCAAUGUCAAGAGCAAAGAACAGUAGUUCUGUGAAAAUUCUUAUCAAACCAUCCAUAUUUGAUGAUGAACAAGACUCGAUUACUGAAAAUAUAGUAUAUACAGAAGUACUAGAUCUAGCUUACCAGUAA